AUGGAUUUAGAUCAACAAGAGGCUUUGAAUACCAUUGAGAAUUCUGUCUACAGAACAGCCCUGAAGCUCCGCGCUGUGCAACGCCUGUGCCAGAUCGACUUGACUGAUGCCUCCUUGAUUCAGCAAAUCCUGCCAAACCACCAGUGUUGGGCUGAGAAGUCUCUCCCAGCGGAGCAGAUCUUGCAGCUGCUGAAGAAGAUUUUUAAGAGAGCCCGAUCAGAGAAGCCAGGCCAGGUGGAGCCAAAGGCCCCUGAACUAACAAUGAGCCUCCUGACCGCUGCAUAUGACAGAAACGGAGUGGGUUGUUUCCAGCCCCGAUCUGCUGCAGCUGCUCUGAUUGCUCUCUCAGGGGACAGCCUUCUCACCAAAUAUAGAGCUCUCUUUCAGCUUUAUGCAACCUGUGUAGGAAGGAGUCCCAGCCGCACUCAUAUCACUCGAAAUGGUGUGAGAAAUCUGCUCGCAGACUUACUUCAGGUCCUGGCAGUGGUAGGAGAAUGCCGUAACCUGUCUAAUGUGGACAUUGCAGUACAGAGUUGUUUCAGUGGGGUUCUGAGUUCCACAAUUGAUGAAGAGAGAUUCUUGGCUUGGCUCCAGUCUGAACCUGCCAUCCUCCUCUGGCUCCCUACCUGCCACAGAUUGUCAGCAACAGAAAUGGUCAUGCACCAGGUCAAAUGUAACAUCUGUAAGAGCUUUCCCAUCACCGGACUAAGGUAUCGUUGUCUGAAGUGCCUGAACUUUGACCUUUGCCAAGUCUGUUUCUUUACCGGACAACAAAGCAAGCCCCACAAGAAGUCUCAUCCUGUGGUGGAGCACUGUGUGCCAGUGUCAGCAAAGGAGAGCACCAAGCUAUUUUUCCGCAUUAUCCGAAACAACUUGCUGCAAAGGCGCUGCAAGAGGAAGGAAGCGCUGAGAAGAAAUGCCUUGAUAGUGAUGGGAGAUGGUGACUUUUCUACCCGCAGCUACGCACACCCUGGUUCACUCCAGCCCACCUCUUCAGGGCAACCUGUGCCACUUAAUCUGUCUUCCUCAGUGCCAACUUUAGACCUACAGCUGAGCAGUCCUUUAGAUGUCAAAGUAUCCCAAGCACAGCUGGUGCAAAACGACAAGAGACCAUUAGGUCAAGAUACAACAUCCAAUCAGGCACUUGCUUCUCUUGAGGCAGAAUUGGCUAAAACACAGGAAUCCAUCAAGACCUUUCGCAGUGAGAGGAGGUACUUGAAGAAGCAGCUAAGCAAGUGGAAGGGCCAAGUGCAGCUCCUUCACUCCGCUCAGGAAGAUAGAAACUGUGCACUAGAAACAAAGAUCCAUGAGUUAAUAGCAAGCCAGGAGAACCUCAGGAUGGAACUUCAGGAAAUGAGACAUGAAAUUACGAACAUCACUAUAAAGAGCAAGGAGUCCUUGAAGCAAAGGAACUUUCAGACUGGAUCUGGUUGCCCUCCAUUAAAGCCCAACCAUGUGAAAUACAAGUCUCCGGAUCUCCCUUCCUCUUGUGUUAAAAGGAAGUGGCUUUUAGAACCACAGGCUGGUCUUCUUGCCAGAAAUUCAGGAGGAUCAGCCGAGAUCACAUUAGGAACAACAGUCUUCCAAAAUGAUAUCCCUGAAGUUGUUCAUCCUAAAAACCCCAGGGAGAGAACUGUUCCUCUGACAGAUUGCUCUGGCGAGCUAAAGUCUGAAACAAGCAGGGACCAUCUCAGUGGUGGGAUUAAGAUCCCAAGCCCUAAAUGUUCCACUGCAACAGAGACUCUUCAUAGUGAGAAACAGAUGGAAGAGGAGGAGGAACUGCAGCAGCUAAUGAUGAAGUUGAAGGAUGCACUCCAUGUGCAGCCAGGUCAGCCCUCUGUUUGUAAGGCGGGAUUGCUCUCAACAGCCAAGAUUGUUCACAAGUCUUUCUCUGAUCUCAUCAGCCAAGUAACCUUGCCAACUAGGAAAUGUGACAAUGGUGAUAUUGGUUCUCUUUCCUCCAUCACUGCCUGAUUGUCCAAGGGGAAAAGACCACCACAUAAUAUUGAUUCUCAGAAAUGUCCAGAUAUUCCUUUAGAAUUAGCUGUCAUAGUUAUAUAUUUUGACAGAGGAUUUCUGUACAAUGCUACAGACAAAUCCUUCCAUACAGUAGUUUUUCUGGUUUUGUGUUCUAAUUUUUAUACUGCAGUGACAUUAAUCCAUCACAUACUUAUGUUAACAAAUUUUCAGUGGUCCUGUCACAUGGUUGUUCAACAUCUUUAGGUUCCAUCCGGUCCGUUGAGCACUUUUCCAAGGGCAAAAAGGGGUGUUCUAGAGCGAGUUCAGUGUGGAUUGGGAGAAGCUUUAGAUUUGUCAUAUCCAAGGCAUGUCCCCAGAAUUUGUGUGGGUGGGACUAUGCUAGCCUUGGAGCUGUUGCAGUUAGUUUCCUUCCCGUUGGAGCCAAUGGUGGCAAAUAGGAAACAGAUCCUUGUGAGGAAAAAGAUAAAAGGCUACCCUGCCCACCUUUCACCCUGUUCAGCAAAAGCCCACCAGGGCUCAAGAAGUAUUGGUUCUUCUACCACAGACUCGCCCCUGAUCUCCAUAAGAUUGCUCUGGCCAAUACCAUCUAGCUGGCUAAUCAAUGCAUUUAAGAUUGAUUAACUCCAUCUGUGUUUGCUUUUUGUCUUGGAUUUUCUAAUAUUUUAAACAUUUGUCCAAGGCAUAUUAUAUACGUUUAGAAUAUCUGGUUAAUCAAUUAAUUGAAA